GAUUUUUCAAUACCGCCAGUAAUAACGGAACAGGGCCAGAAUGACGCAAUAGCGCUUGAUAGCGUGCUCCCCGAACGCAAAGCCAAAGUUGGGUGUUAAAUAAAGCUGUGUUGUAUCUCAUCGUCGAUUCCCGAAGUUUCCGGAUUUCGCACAAUCGAAUACUUUCUCACGAAACCUUUUUUUUUGUACCAUCAAAGAAUUGAAGAUGGAAGAGGUCACGAAGUUGGAACACUUGUCUCUGGUGUCGAAAGUAUGUACGGAAUUGGAAAAUCACUUAGAAAUAAACGACAAAGACUUGGCCGAGUAUAUUAUACAUCUAGCUGAGGAGAACAAUACGUUUCCAACGUUUAAGAAGGUGCUGAUUGAAAAGGGAGCAGAGUUUUCGGACUCCUUUAUAGCCAAUCUUCUCAGGAUAAUACAGCACAUGAAACCUGCAAAAGUAUCUUCCGAGAAGUCAUCAAAAUCCAUGAACAAACAAGACGAAUUGGCGCUCAAAUUUCCUGCACUGGCGUUACCAAAUGAGGAUCCACGAAAUUCGGACACCGCGAAAGAUGAAGAUAUCGUUAACGAUGUUAUGGCCACUCUGGAAGCGGCGGCAGCAGAAGCAGCUGCCAAUAAAAAGCAGUCUGCGGAUACGGAGAAAAAUAACAAUGAUCACAGUGAAAAAAAGAACAAACGCAGCAAAAGGAGUAGAAGCAGAUCGAGAGACAGAAGAAGCAGAUCGAGAGACAGAAGAAGCAGAUCGAGAGACAGGAGAAGCAGAUCGCGAGACAGAAGAAGCAGAUCAAGAGACAGGAGAAGACACAGAUCGAGAUCGUCCAAUCGGAAGGAACGGCGACACAGAUCGGCACGUUCGAGAUCUCGCGACAAAAGACGGGAGAGACAUUCCGAUCGGGAAGAAUCGUCUCGCGAUCGUAGAGACGGAAGACACUCGAAGAAACACAACAGAUCUCGAUCGAGAUCUGUCGAGGAUCCGGUCUCCAUUGAACCGGAAGUAGGUAAAAUUUAUGCCGGUAAAGUCGCGAACAUCGUGCCCUUUGGCUGUUUCGUUCAGCUGGAAGGUCUCAGGCGAAGGUGGGAGGGCCUGGUUCAUAUUUCGCAAUUGAGGCGAGAAGGUCGAGUGGCAAAUGCGAGCGACGUGGUUACUCGUGGUCAAAAGGUUUUGGUUAAGGUUCUCAGCAUCAGUGGACAAAAAGUAUCGUUGAGCAUGAAAGACGUUGAUCAAGAGACUGGCAAGGAUCUAAAUCCGGUGGUUAUGAAAACGGCGGAGGAAGAGGAGAAGCAUCUGCGUAAUCCCGACAGGCCUACGUCCCUGUUGGAGCUUCAGGGCAACUACGACGAGGACGAGACGUACUCGAGAAAGCGCGUGCAGCGUUUGUCGUCACCGGAGAAGUGGGAGAUCAAACAGAUGCUUGCGGCCUCGUGUAUCGACAGGAGCGAAUUGCCGGAAUUUGACAUGGAAACUGGAAUCUUACCGCGGGAAGACGAUGAGGAGGAAGACGUGGAAAUCGAGCUUGUCGAAGAGGAACCACCGUUUCUUCACGGCCAUGGCAGAGCACUGGGCGAUCUCAGCCCCGUGCGAAUAGUAAAGAAUCCGGAUGGUUCGCUGGCGCAGGCGGCGAUGAUGCAGAGCGCUCUGGCGAAGGAACGCAGGGAACAGAAGAUGCUGCAACGCGAACAAGAGAUGGACUCGGUCCCUACCGGUUUGAACAAAAACUGGAUAGAUCCGUUACCGGAUGCGGAGAGCCGUACGUUAGCGGCGAACAUGCGCGGCAUUGGGUUGCAAACGCAGGAUUUGCCCGAAUGGAAGAAACACGUGAUAGGCGGCAAGAAGUCAUCAUUCGGCAAAAAGACAAAUUUGACGCUGUUGGAGCAACGUCAGAGCCUGCCGAUUUACAAGCUGCGUGACGAUUUGAUAAAAGCGGUGACGGACAAUCAAAUUCUGAUUGUGAUCGGGGAGACAGGUUCGGGCAAAACGACGCAGAUCACGCAAUAUCUGGCGGAAACGGGAUUCACCGCGCGCGGUAAAAUCGGCUGUACGCAGCCAAGACGUGUCGCUACGAUAAGUGUCGCCAAAAGAGUCGCAGAGGAAUUUGGAUGCUGCCUUGGCCAAGAAGUAGGUUACACAAUUCGUUUUGAAGACUGUACCGGACCAGAGACCGUGAUCAAGUACAUGACUGACGGUAUGCUUUUACGUGAAUGUCUAAUGGACCUGGACUUGAAGACAUAUUCUGUGAUAAUGCUUGACGAAGCGCACGAGCGCACAAUUCACACGGACGUGUUGUUUGGAUUGUUGAAGCAGGCGGUAGGUCGUAGACCAGAUCUCAAAUUGAUCGUCACUAGUGCCACUCUCGACGCUGUCAAAUUUUCACAAUACUUUUUUGAGGCACCUAUAUUCACUAUUCCCGGUCGUACGUUCGAGGUCGAGGUGAUGUACACAAAAGAACCGGAGACGGACUAUCUGGACGCCGCUCUUAUAACUGUCAUGCAGAUCCACUUACGCGAACCGCCAGGUGACAUUCUGCUCUUCCUCACCGGUCAGGAAGAGAUUGACACGGCAUGUGAGAUUCUUUACGAGCGUAUGAAAUCACUCGGCCCGGAUGUGCCGGAGUUGAUUAUUCUUCCGGUAUAUUCGGCUCUGCCCUCGGAGAUGCAAACCAGAAUAUUCGAGCCGGCGCCACCUGGCUCGCGCAAAGUCGUCAUUGCCACUAACAUUGCUGAAACCAGCCUGACAAUCGACGGCAUAUAUUAUGUGGUUGAUCCGGGCUUCGUUAAGCAGAAAGUUUACAAUUCGAAAACUGGCAUGGACAGUCUCAUUGUAACGCCGAUUAGUCAGGCAGCGGCGAAGCAAAGAAGCGGAAGAGCAGGCAGAACCGGUCCCGGCAAAUGUUACAGACUUUAUACCGAACGAGCCUAUAGAGACGAGAUGCUGCCAACACCAGUUCCAGAAAUUCAACGGACAAAUUUGGCCACUACCGUGUUACAGCUCAAGACUAUGGGCAUCAACGAUCUUCUGCAUUUUGAUUUUAUGGACGCGCCGCCAGUUGAAUCGCUGAUUAUGGCACUUGAAUCGUUGCAUAGUCUAAGCGCUCUUGAUAACGAAGGUCUCUUGACACGAUUAGGCCGACGAAUGGCGGAAUUCCCGUUAGAACCGAAUCUAUCCAAAAUGCUCAUUAUGAGCGUUCAUCUUCAGUGUUCUGAUGAGAUCUUAACAAUCGUCAGCAUGUUGUCCGUGCAGAAUGUUUUUUAUCGGCCGAAAGACAAACAGGCUUUAGCUGAUCAGAAAAAGGCCAAGUUCAACCAGCCUGAAGGCGAUCACUUGACCCUGUUGGCGGUAUACAAUUCGUGGAAGAACAAUAAGUUGAGUAACGCCUGGUGUUACGAGAACUUUGUGCAGAUUAGAACUUUGAAACGUGCCCAAGACGUGCGCAAGCAACUUCUCGGCAUAAUGGACAGACACAAGUUGGACGUAGUGUCGGCCGGUAAGAACACGGUACGCAUACAGAAGGCAGUGUGCUCGGGAUUUUUCAGAAACGCCGCAAAAAAGGAUCCGCAGGAAGGUUAUAGGACAUUAGUUGAUAGCCAAGUUGUGUACAUUCAUCCUAGUAGUGCGCUAUUCAAUCGGCAACCAGAAUGGGUCAUUUAUCACGAGUUGGUGCAAACUACCAAAGAAUACAUGAGAGAGGUGACGACCAUUGAUCCAAAGUGGCUCGUGGAAUUUGCGCCUGCUUUCUUUAAAUUCAGCGAUCCGACCAAACUCAGCAAAUUUAAGAAGAAUCAAAGACUGGAACCACUCUACAACAAGUACGAAGAACCAAACGCGUGGAGAAUAUCCCGGGUUCGCAGGAGACGUAAUUAAACUAAUUUUAUACAUAUAUGUAUAAUAACUGAAUUAUAUAUUAUGUCAAAAUAAUCUUAAUUUCUAUGAUACGAUGUGUCUCUCUUCUUCAAUAUUGUAAAUAUUGUAUAUAUAUUUUUUGUGUUCACACUCACACAUUCGCUUUGUUUAAAAAUUCUUGGAGUUCAAAUAAACACUAUAGUAGCUAUUUCUCUGUGUAUAUAGAGAAUAAAUAUUCCAAUAAUGAUCAAUCCUUUUUUAGAGAAUAAAUGUUUCUUAUAUUAAAUAAAAAUACAUUGGGGGAAAAAGAGAUUAAUAUUUAACAAAAACAACAUGUGUAGGGAACAUUCACAUUUGCAUUUGUUUUUAA